AUGUCCCUUGAAGAGCACAGCCAAAACAGGGACACGCACCACCCUAACACCACGGCAUCAACACCCAACGAAAUGACGACGUCAAGCUCCAAUUCAUCACCAAAGGAUGAUCCGUAUCCGGUUCCGGAUCUUCCGCCGGGCACAAUGAUGCGCCUCAACAUCGUCAUCCUCUUCAUGGGCUCGCGCGGCGACCUUCAGCCCUCCCUGGCCGUCGCCAAGCUCCUGCAGCGCCGUCAUGGCCACCGCGUCCGCAUCGCGAGCCACCCGCCGUACCGUGCCGCCGUCGAGGCCGCGGAGGUCGGGUUCUACGGGAUCGGCAGGACGGACAUCAAGACCAUGAUGGAGAGGCGGUUGCUUCCGCGGAAGGAGCUGAAUGCGCUGGUGCCUGUGAUCCGGGAGGAGUUUCGGGAGAUGGGGGAGAGGUGGUGGGGGGCUUGCGUUGAUGGGUUUGGGUUUGAUCACGAUGGUGAGGAUGGGGUUGAUGGAGGAAGAGGAGGAGGAGGAGGAGAGGAGAGGGGAGCGUUUGUGGCGGAUUUGGUCAUGUCUACGAUGCAUGUGUAUAACCAGACGUCUGCGGCGGCGAGGCUGGGUGUGCCGUUGCACCUGUUUGGGAUGAACCCGAGGAUUUUCUCGAGGGAGAUACCGCAUUCACAGGCUGGGUGGGCUUUGAAGGGGCCUAGUCGGUGGAAGAAUGUUUUGUCCUGGUGGGUUCAGGAUUUUAUGUUCCUUGAAGCGAUGAAAUCCGUCAUCAACGACGUCCGCGUUAACGUGAUGGGCCUGGAGAACAUGUCCCCCGCCUGGUGGCUGAGCCAGUACAACAGGAUGAACGUCCCCUGCACGUACCUCUGGUCGCCGAGGCUGCUCCCGAAGCCAAGUGAUUGGGCGGACAACAUCGACGUUGCGGGUUUCGUAUUCGAGGACGUGCCGUCAGAGUAUACGCCGUCUCCGGAGCUGGUUGCGUUCCUAGAGGCGGACCCUGAGACGCCGCCGGUGUAUAUCGGGUUCGGGAGCAUGUCGUUUGCGAAUGCGCAGGACGUGUUUGAGGGGAUCUUUGAGGCGGUGAGGAGGGUUGGUGUCAGGGCUGUUGUUGGGAAGGGGUGGUCUAACCUUGUUAAGGAGGAUGUUGGACGCGUGGGGAAGGGAGACGAUGAGAGUCAAGGGGGCAGCAUCGGCGGGCAUAGAGACAUUACACACAUCUUCAUCCUCGACGAGGCGCCGCACGCGUGGCUGUUCCCCCGGGUCAGGGCCGUGGUGUGUCACGGGGGAAGCGGGACGACGGCCAUGGCGCUCCGGAGCGGGCGGCCUACGCUCGUGGUGCCCGUUGCCGGGGACCAGCCGUUUUGGGGCACGAGGAUCCACGCUGUCGGGUGCGGGCCGGAAGCAAAGUACGGGUUGGCGGAGAUGAACAGCCAGAGGUUCGAGGAAGGGCUGAGGGAGCUUCUGAAGCCGGGGUAUGCGGCUGCCGCGGAGAGGUAUGCGGAUACUGUGAAGAGGGAGAGACCUGGGGAGGAGGUUUGUGUUGAGAAGGUGCUUGAGACGGUUGGGGUUUCUCCCCUCACGAUCCUGGCCGCCGUGGCGUUUGGCCUCUUCAACCUACUCGACUUCAUCCUCUACAAACUCGCCUCGCCUUUCGAGCCGAAGCUCUACGCGAGUAACCCGCGGCUGUACUCCUACCCGCGCAUGCUCUUCUUUCUCCUAUUCGCGCCCUUUGUCGAGCUAGCUUCCGUCGUGACGCAGCCGGCGCGUUUCCUGGCGGGUAGAAGAGAGGGAGAAGGAAAGGGGGGCAGAAGAAGAAGCUUACCAAGAGUGAUCCUCGAGGUGCCGCUCGCGCUUCUGAGGGUGCUUUUGGCGCUGGUCAAUGUUCUUGUUGGCGGGUUGGGUAUCACACUUCGGCAGCUGGAGCUUCUUUGUGCGAGGGCUAUGGGGGAGAGACCUGUGGGGGAUGUUGUUGCCGAGGCGAGGAUUCGGCAGGGGAGGGUUGAGGCGGAGGAGUUGAAGGUUGAGGGGGUUGAGAGUGGGAGGGAUUUGAUUGGGGAUAUUAUUAGGAGGUGGGAUGAGCGGAAGAAGGCUUGA